AUGGCUGCGCAAAUACUUGGAAUUCCGGUUCCGUCGUUGUCUAUUCCGUAAACUUUGACAAGCAGAAAGUUGUGUUUCUAUGAUAGGCUACAACAGUCUCAAUAGCCUGAAUACCCAGUAAUAAACUGGAAAUGGCUUCUUCGCCACAGAAAUCACCUUCUUCUCCCAAAUCCCCGACUCCAAAAUCACCCCCUUCAAGAAAAAAAGAUGACUCUUUCCUCGGAAAACUUGGGGGAACUUUGGCCAGAAGAAAAAAGGCAAAAGAAGUGUCUGAGCUCCAGGAGGAGGGGAUGAAUGCCAUCAACCUGCCGCUCAGCCCCAUCCCCUUUGAACUGGACCCAGAGGACACCAUGCUGGAGGAGAAUGAGGUCCGCACCAUGGUUGACCCUAAUUCCAGGAAUGACCCCAAACUGCAAGAACUGAUGAAGGUACUCAUAGACUGGAUAAAUGAUGUGCUGGUGGGGGAGAGAAUCAUUGUCAAAGACCUGGCUGAAGAUCUCUACGAUGGGCAGGUUCUGCAGAAACUAUUUGAGAAGCUGGAGGGUGAGAGGCUGAAUGUGGCUGAGGUGACCCAGUCUGAGAUAGCCCAGAAGCAGAAGCUGCAGACAGUUCUGGAGAAGAUCAACGACACUCUGAAGGUCUCAAUCAGAAACAUCAAAUGGACCAUUGACUCUGUCCAUGCUAAAAGCAUCGUGGCCAUUCUCCAUUUAUUGGUGGCUCUGUCUCAGCACUGCCGCGCCCCCAUCCGCCUACCUGAUCAUGUGUCCAUUCAAGUUGUGGUUGUACAGAAACGGGAGGGGAUCCUGCAGUCUCGCCAGGUUCAGGAAGAGAUCACAGGGAACACGGAGGCUCUAUCAGGAAGACAUGAGCGAGAUGCGUUUGACACCUUGUUUGACCAUGCACCAGACAAGCUGAAUGUGGUGAAAAAGACUCUGAUCACCUUUGUGAACAAGCACUUGAACAAGUUGAACCUGGAGGUGUCUGAAUUGGACACACAGUUUGCUGAUGGUGUGUACCUGGUGUUGCUGAUGGGACUGCUUGAGGGCUACUUUGUUCCUCUCUUCAACUUCUUCCUAACGCCAGAGCAUUUUGACCAAAAGGUGCACAAUGUGGCUUUCUCCUUUGAGCUGAUGCAAGAUGGAGGCCUGGAGAAACCCAAGCCACGGGCAGAGGAUAUUGUGAACUGUGACCUGAAGUCUACUCUGAGGGUACUCUACAACCUCUUCACCAAAUACAGAAAUGUGGAAUAAAGACUGGUACUUCACCGUUCAUUCAGUUAUAUCGAUGUAUCAAUCAAGCAAAUGCCCUGUUUAGAUCUAUAUUUCAGGGCAAACACAAUGCAUCUAACCUGUGUUAGCCUGUGUUACCUGUGUUAGCUGUGUCCUGCUGAAGGCUCACUAAAACACAAGUACAGCACAGUAUGUUGUAAAGUGUUUGGAUAUGAAAAGAAAGAUAUAUUUCAGUAUUAUUGAAAGUUAACUUAAUGAAUUAUUGAUUAUGCCGUCGUAUUGUUGAGUCAUUGCCAUGUUGAAUUGUUCUUACCCAUGUCAUUCCGGGCCGACACCGUGUGAAGUCUACUUGGAUUCACUUGCAACUACAUGAAGGAUCAGAAUAUUGAUGUAUUGAAUGUAUGUGUAUGACAGCUGGGUUUGUGCUUAUCAAAGCAUUUACUUCCAUCUUUUGAAAGAAAUCAGACGAUUUGAAUUGACUCAGAAGGUUUUUGAUUGUUGUACUUAAAGCAGUGGGACCACAGAGUACGCACUAUUAAUUUAUAUACUGCCAUGCUGCAUAUCUUUACCUUUGUUUGCUUUGUCUAAUUUUAUAUAUUUUAAUACUGGUCAUUUUACUUUAAAUAUAGUCUACCUGUAGUGGCAUUUUUGCUCAUCAUUUACCAAAGAUAGUAUUUUAGAUACAUUAUUUGAAGCUGUUAGAUUCUUAAAUAUUUUGUGCUUAUGCAAAGCAUGAUGUAUGGCUAAUUUUUACUAUUUGUUUAUAAUCUAUUCAUAAAAAAAUGUUUGCAAAGUAAUAUUCCAGUGCAGUGUUUACUACAACUACAGAACAGCAAGACCCCAGUACAGUUUAUUUUUUUUAUGUCAAGAGCGGAGUAUGAAUUCAAACGAUAAAACACUAUAUUCAACAGAACUAGCUAGUAGUGCUGAGAAUGUAGUGUGGGAGUUUGACCAAAAUUGAUUCCGUUGUGUACUUUAAUUUGAAGGUCGUAAUAAUUUCUUUCUAUGUUGUGGUCUGAGUGCAGGUUUAUGGGCCUUGUGCUGUAGCAAACGUGUGGCAUUCCUUCCCAUGAAAACUUGUAUGCUCUGAAUUGUUAAUAUGCUAUAUCAUCAAGUGAAAUAUAGAAGAGCACAGUAAAAUGGGGCACCUGAGUGGCACAGCUGUCUAAGGCACUGCAUCUCAGUGCUAGAGGCGUCACUACAGACACCCUGGUUUGAAUCCAGGCUGUAUCACAACCGGCCGUGAUUGGGAGUCCCGUAGGGCGGCGCGCAAUUGGCACAGCGGUGUCCAGGUUUGGCCAGUGUAAAUAAGAAUUUGUUCCUAACUGACUUGCCUAGUUAAAUAAAGGUUAAAUAAAACAUGUUUACAUUAAAAUACCAUCAGGAUUUGGUGGUUUUAACAGAUUGACUUUACUCAACUUUUGUUACACCUGGCAUUGUACCAUUUCAUAGACAAAUAAUACUGUAUUGGACUGUGGAUCUUGGUGAAAGUGGCUGCUUUACAACGAGAACUUAGCUUACAGUCUUCCCAAGAAGUAGAGGUGCUCUACAUGCAAUUCAUGAAUGAAUUUGCUAACCACACACUGACUGAAUGGCUUUGCUAAGUGCUUAGCUGCGAAUAGGAAGGUCACAUUUUUUCCUUUGAGUAACAACACUACUGUACAGUGAAGCACAGCACAUAAUGCAUGACAAGGUUACAAUAGAAGUUUCAGUGGAAUUUAUUUGUGCCUGAUUUGAUCUAUAUAGCAUGUUUCUUUUAUUUAAUUGCUUCUUUUUAGGAGUUGGAAUUCAUUUCUUUCAAUUUACAGACACUUAAGAUUAGUUAAGAUGCUUUUACUGUGUCAUGUCAACUGUCUUAAUUGAGCACAGAAAUUAGUGAGAGGAGAAAUUAGUGAUUUAUCUUGUUUGAGUCUUCGAAUAAAGUAGAAAAUACUCAUA